AUGUGAGUGUGUGUGUGUGUGUGUGUGUGUUUUGGGUGUGUCACUACCUUUUCUGGCUUACUUCCCCUUCAAAAAUGUGCUGCAAAAUUCUGCAUUUAGCUCCAAGUCUGCUGACAUCUUCUAACACUCAGCAUCACUACCAGCAGCCAGAGUGUGUGUUGGGCACAGGUAGAGCUCCAGUGGUUAGAGUGUGAUGAUAGCCUGCUUGAUCGCAGGAGUGUCACACUAAUUCCCUCGCAGCUCGCACCAGCUCGGGUUCACCACCAGCGGCCUUGAUCUUGACCAUCCCAGCCAUUGCCAUGAGUGUCAUCUCCUCCCUCACCUCCCCCUCCUCCUGCCCCCACCUGUACCACUCACCCAGUUACCCCACCAACAGCACCAUAUCAGACGCCACCACCGCAGCCAGUGGGCUCAGCCAUGUGAUUCUGCUGCAUUACAACCACACGGGCCGCCUGCAGAACAGGACCAUCUCGAACAACCCAAACCACAUCAGUGUCCCCAUGGCCCUCUUCCUCUUCUUCAGUGUUUUCAUCAUCCUGGAGAAUCUCCUGGUGCUGGUGGCCGUCGUGUCUCGCAUCCGCCACAGCCGGCGCUGGGUUUACGUCUGCAUUGCCAACAUCACACUCAGUGAUCUCCUCACAGGUGCUGCCUACCUGGUCAACAUCUGUAUGUCCGGCAGCCAGACAUUCCGCCUCACUCCUGCUCUGUGGCUCUUCAGGGAAGGGAUGCUGUUUGUGGCCCUGGCAGCAUCCAUAUUUAGUUUGCUCCUGAUAGCUGUGGAGCGUUACACAACGAUGAUUAAGCCACUGCCCCAAAAGUCAGCCAGGAGGACCUACUGUAGGAUCUACGGCUUGGUGGCACUCUGCUGGGUUUUGGCACUAGUGAUUGGCUUCCUCCCCUUGCUUGGCUGGAACUGUGUGUGCAGCCUGGACAAAUGCUCCACCCUCCUCCCACUCUAUUCCAAGAGCUACAUCUUUUUCUCUCUCUUCAUCUUCUUCUUUAUCCUCCUGGCAAUCGGUGUGCUCUAUGGUGCCAUCUACUGCCAUGUGCACAAGAGUGCACAGGUGGGCCCCCAUCGCAGUCGCAAUCGCUCCUUAGCUCUGCUUAAAACAGUGAUCAGCAUCGUCGGGGUCUUUAUGCUCUGCUGGGGGCCUCUCUUCCUGCUGCUACUGGUGGAUUUCUUCUGUGCCUCCCGUCAAUGUGCACUGCUGUCCAGUGCUGACUAUUUCAUCUCCCUGGCUGUACUGAACUCUGGCCUGAACCCUAUCAUCUACGCCCUGGGCAGCAGCGAGAUGAGGAAGGCGAUUGCUGAGCUGCUGUGCUGCUGCUGCCUGAAGGCUGGCCUCUGUCACCCGGACACAUUCACAUCCAAGGAGACGAGCAGCACCUCUGGGAGCAGGCGGGACAGUCUGAGGAACAGCUUUAACAAGGUCAGAAAUCUGAGCGUGGCCUCUCCGCCGUCAACACCAAGCAAGCCUCGCAGGGCACCCAAAAAAUACAGACUGAGCUCCACCACCAGCUGCCUGUCAGUUUCAAGUGGUUAAACCACAAUGUGCUCCCCUCCCAAGCAAACAAGGCCUGUGUGCGCUGACACAGAUCGUUUCCUUUUUGGUUUUGGUUUGAAUGUUCACUGCUCGGCCAACAGGUACUUGCUGUGGUGUUAUGAACUGAAAACUCAAUAAAAUAUGAAUUUAGCUUUAGGUUUGCAAUAGUAUGACAAAAAGCAGGAUUUUUUUGCAUCUCAAGACAUUUAUUUUCUCUAUGCAUUUGACACAUUUAUGGUAUUCUUCUGAUUUUCUUCUAUUUUUAAACAAUUUUAUACCAAGAUUUAUGUGUAGAUAUUUUCAUCUAUUUUAUCGCAGGAUUAAAAGGAUUAUUUACAUGAUAUAUAUCAAUAGUUAACAUGAAAAUGUAUAAUGUGCAAAGGGGGAAAUAUGUAUAUAUGUGUAUUGCAUUGUAUUUCAACAUUUUAUAUUGAGCCUGAUGUUUCACUGUAUACAUGUAAGUGAUGAAUAUAUGAAUAAAUGUGCUUUAUUUAUGA